UUCCGGAUAAGUCAAAUAAAUAUUAUCUGAAAAAAUUUUUUUUUCUAUAUCAAUUUUUUCCGAUAUGUUUGCCUUCUUGACGCUGCCAUGUCGGCCCCUGUAUUGCCUGUUGUAUGGCCCAAAGAGCCAGGACAAUGCCCGGAUAUGGUGUCUUCGCCUCCUGAUUAGCUUCGUAAUCGGCCUGGCGUUGGGCUACCUCCUCUGGAAGCUGGUGGCCCUGAACUUCAGCCUCGGACGCCUUUUCGACCAGGGAUCCAUUGACCUUUCCGUCUUCGCGAUCUUCGUCCUGCUGACUGGAACGGCCUUCAUGCUUAGCCGCCCCGUUCGAUCUGUGAUCAUGCUGAUCUUCGUGGCCCUGGUGGGCAGAUCUGGAAGGACAUAUUUACGAGCCGUGGCCUUCGCCUUCAUCAUAUCCGGUCCCAUCAACAAUCUAGUGGAAAACGCUGGCGAGGUGGCGAGAGUGUUUGUCUGCACCACUGUGCUGACCUACAAUCUAUCCAAGACCCGAUUCGAUUUGAUGGCCAAACCGUUUACGAAUACUCUGAAGCACAUGCGAGGGGACGUGGAGGAGAUUCGGCAGACCUUUUCAGAAUUGCACGGAGUCCUGGGAGAUCUUAAGUACGCCGUAGAACAUUCGGAUAUCGAAGACGAGAAGUACGGCGACAAGAAGGCUAAGCCCCAGUACCAGAGAUGGGCGAGGGAAUCAAGGACGUUCAAUAUGAGCGGUUCUGGAGUUGAGGGAGCCGGCAAGGACUUACCAACUCCAGCCGAAGUCCAGGAGCGUUUUCAGCGGAACAUGAGAAACCGCUGCAAGCACCAGCUGAGAAGUGGUCAUCGGGUGUGUGUGGAGGUCUUCCGGAAGGGCUACCGCAAGUGUACCACCAAUUUCCCCUCCCUGAUAGGAAAGGCCGUCUGUUGGCCCUACCGAGUGGACAUCAUCUGCGAACUGGACCUCUUUGGCAAUCCGGAUAAGAUAUGUGACCCCUCCGACGUAGUCCCCCGGAAUUUCGGAGAGACCUACGUGGAGCUACUGAAGGCUGAGCGGGAACUCUUUGACAACAGUUCGCAGAUAGAGGUAAGCUACGAGAUAAAGGACGAGGAACUGGCAAGGAGCAAACUGAAGUCCGCCGAACGGACCGCAGAGAGCUUCACGAAGGACUUUGAGCGCCGAAGACACAUAUUCAACAGAGUUAUGGCCCUGCUGCAGAAGAUCCUGUGUCUCUUUAUGCUGCGCAUGGUCUUCGUUUCCAUCAACUACUAUCUCAAGUAUCUCGGCGACGUGGAGUUCGAUAACUUCUACAUCACCGAUUACUUUAAGCACGUGGAUCAGCGGCGCAAGGACCAGCGCAAUGAUGCCAUCUUGCCACUGCGCACCUACGAGAAGUCCUUGUAUAUUGACCUGGACCACAUCUUCAGUCGUACCCAGGAAGAGUCCACCACCGUCUUCUUCAGCUUGCUGCAGUUCCUGCUGGAGCUAGUGACAUCGGGACUCUUUAUACUAGUUGAUCACAUGGUCGUCGAAAUGAUGCAAAUCAUCCGCAACCGAUCGUUGAUCACUUAUCACCAAGAAGGCCAGCACGAAGUGCGAUUCAAUAUCAGUGGCGUGGGUCAAAUGGCGAGACUGUUGAGGACCACCAUGCAUAACUUCAACAUCCACGAGAGGGUCUCCACCUCACUCAGCAACGAGGAGUGCCUACCAAAUCCCCACGUCCUGCCCAACAGAUUCUACUAUGAGCUUUUACUGCUCUAUCUGGUAAUCGUGGUGCUAAUCUACCAAAGCACCACCUUCUUGAGAAUGCGACGGGUCAUCUGCAGCUACUUUUACUACAAGCGUGAGAAGCAGCGCAUCCUGUUCCUGUACAACCGCAUCCUGCGGAAUAGGCUUAGAUCACUCGAGCACCUGGUUCGCGAUGCCGAGGAUAACCUGGCCACAUAUCGCAUCCAGCAGCAGGUGAAUGUCUUCCUGUGGCUACGGUUCUCUUGUCCUAUUGCCUUCGGCUGGCUCCGAUACUUCAAGUGCGCCAAACGGACCUGCCUCAUCUGCUGUGGCUUCGAGGACUCCACCUUCACCAUCUGCCACAUCUGCGGACUGCCCUACUGCGACGACUGUGCCGAGGACCUCAACAGCGUGUGCCUGCAGUGCGGCUCGGUCCUCACGAGGAUCACGGAAGAAUCCGACGGCAGCGUGGAGGUGUACACCUACAGGAAGAAGAAAUAAUAUAGGAAUACUAGGAAUCUUAAGCUUGUAAAAGCUGUAGGGAAUAAUCGUAACCCUAAACACUUCUCCUAGUGUUUGUUUCUUUAACAUAUAUAAAUGUGGUUCUUCGAUUCGAG